AUGGACUUUCCAGGAGGGUCCAUCACCAACAUACGCGUCAUUGAUGGAUUCUCCCAAAUUUAUUGGAGAAUUUACACAGAGGAACCUAAUAGCGCCAAUACCCCGGGCGAGUCCCCGGCUAAUGGCUACACCAUCCUUAAACAUCUCAGUCGCCUCAAGGAUCUUGAGCUCCAAAUCAGGGACCGGGAUUGCUUGGUUUCAAGCUACCCCAGGCGGCUUUGCUUAUGGGUCUUUUCUGCUACUCCUGGCUUUGAGAGCCUGCUACCCUUGUCCGCGAACGAAGCUAAAGAUGACUCAAGCAGACUUGCCAUCGGCUCGGCUACCAUGAAAGCAUCCUCCUCGGGCAAUGUUUCUUCAUUGGAUUUAGUCAAGAAUCUCUCAACAGAGCCUCAGAAUGCGCCGGGCACAACCGGACCGCAGAGACAAAAUGCUCUUACACCCUACGCUACGAUUUAUGCAUCAUUCAUUUCGGCCGUCAGUGGGGCAGUGAGCCUCCAACUGGUCCGGCAACGCAACGCGAUCCCACUUGGAUCGCGUACUCUCUUCACUGCUGUUGAAAGAGAUUCCUACGACUGUUUUGUCAAAAACGACCCUCUUUCAGCUUCGUCCUUGAUCACGCUUCAGAUUCAACUGACAUCUGUCGGGAAGCUGACAGUAGCUUUACAGACAGUAUCGCAGGCUGGCCUGAGGCGGUUACUCGCGCCUGAAGAUGACCCAGCAGGCAUCCAUGAUAUCCCACCGGGCACUGACCUCUGGCUCUCUCCUAGUGGGUCUAUUUCCAGACUCGUCGCCGCUAAUCUGUCACGACUGAACGCAGCAUCCCCGUAUCCAUCUAGUGCUGGAGGCCCAGGGAAUGACAAGUCCAGCAUGGCAACCCGCAAACAGUGGAAGGUCAAUGUGCUAUGGUGGCUUGCCAAUUUUGGUCUUCCAGUGGAUGAGAUUGACGAGGAAGCCUGGGUUGAAGUUGAAGUUUGGGAGCCAUUUUACUCUAGACUCGCUGGGGAGAUAGGGCGGUCGAACGAUGAAAGCUCGUCGACGCUUCCCCUGAAGCGGAUCCUUUGGCCAGCUAUUUACUGCUUCAAGAGGACAAAGUCAGCAUCUUCAGAUUCCUAUGGCGAAUUGGAUAGCGUUGGUCCUGUUCUUGGUGAUCCACUAGACUUUGCAGAGAAAUGGCGCGUAACAGAGAAGCCCACCUUUAUCGAGGCGAGCCCUAAGCCUUCGUCUGUCCAUCAAGAACCGCAGGCCAGGGACCAGGACGCAUUAUCACCCGACAUGCCUAACUUACCUGAAGGCAUUGAAAGCCUUUCUCGAGCAUCGCAGUAUCCUGAGCUUCAGACCGCUAGCCUUGUAUACCCAACGCCGCCUGAUGGAGCCGCCGCAACCGGAUUAAAUCCGACAGUGCCUUCCGAUGUUUUCCCGGAUGAUCUUGAACAAGGCUCGAGCUUCAUGCAGUCGAGCAGACAAAACUAUCACGGCCAACUCAAUAAAGAUCGGACGGGAGCGGAGGUGAUAAGCUUCGGUCCAUCGGCAGGGCUCGUGGUUGGAUCCGGUCUAUACGAUACAAACGACGAUGACGAUUUGUUCGGAGACAUCAAUGAGAGGGAUUUUGGGUCUAAAGGUCUCACCGAUGCUGAUUUCAGCUUCUUCGACGACCCAGACUUCGACCAUGUCGGUGGAGGUGGAGGUGAACAAGAGGAUCCAAUCCAUGCGAUGUCCGAUUUCAUGGAUACAGAUGAGCCUGAAUUGCAACCAACCGUGGAUGAGCAAGCUUCGCCUGAACAAACACCAGCAAUGGAUAUCGAUAGUUCCCGGAUAAGUCCCGUGGUUGAAGCAGCAGACCUCCAACAAGAAAAGGCUGUCCCUGAGGCUAAGACACCAGUAUCCUCACCUCGGGAUGGCAAACCACGAACGAUAAGCCCCCCAUUGAGUCCAGUAGAGGUCAAGAAAAUCCUUUUUCCAGAGCCGCAUAUAGGAAGUCAGCACCUGGUUAAACAGGGGCAAAUGCCAGGCUAUUACAACGCGGUCGCUUUCAAGCAGAACAUGUCCCUUUGGGACCGGAAAUACAGUGCAGAAGGGAAGUUCGGUUUCACCUUUCGAGGAAGGGAGGGCCCUAAAGGCGCAGAUGCGGCCACGAGCGAUAUCCCAACCAUCGGCCUUCCGCGUCGCAGUGGAAAGCUCAAGAGCAGCACAUCGAAAGAACCGGACAGCCAGGCGUCCCCCACUAGUGGCAUGCAAGCAUCCUCAUCGGAUACGGAUUCAAGCAGCGAUGCGAGCGUCGAAAGUGACGAGAGUGGCUCCGAGAGUGGCCUAUCACCGGCCACAUCUUCCACCCGGAAAAGAAAACGCACGCGCUCCAACUCUGGGACCUCAUUAGCAUUAUCCCAGGACAAGGCUUUCGUAAGAGCUGACCAAGAGACCACACCCCAAAGACCGGAAGAUUCGGUCUUCCUAGGGAACUUUCUUUCGACCUUCUCCGACUGGUCCAUGGCAGGCUAUUUCUCUCUGGCACAAAAUCAGGUUUCCCCGGUUCUUAUCCGCAAGGAUAUACAGGUUCAGAUCGCCCAGCUAUUGGUCGAUCAAGUCACGCAAUCAUCCUUGGAUCACAAGAUAGAUGGAAACCUUGGUCUGUCUGACUAUGACGACGAGGCGUAUUCUCUUCAGACUCAGCUAGGUGAUGCGGCUUUUGUGGGUGGGAUGGAGCGACUGGACCUAAACGGCUUUGUCUCGCUGCAAGAUGCCAGCACACUUUCACCCCCUACAUCCAAUGGGCCUAACCCACGCCAGUCCUCUCAACGUAAGGAGGCUGGGAAGGGUACCAUAUUGAAAAUACCUCCACCGCACCUGCGCGUAUGCCGCGGUAAGGAUUUUUUAGAAACACUGCCUCCAGCGAUCUCCUUCUGGGAGACCUUCGGAUUAGAGCCCGCUCACGGCCAAAAGGAUAUAUUUGCCUAUUGCAUUCAUCCUCAUUUCGCCGCUGAAGCAGCCGAUGCAUUCUUGGAGCGGCUUGGCUUAGUCUACUCGGGCUGCAAUCUUGGUAGCCAUACGCGAGGAGAAAGAUCCAACUUUUUUGACCGUGGGUUGGGCUCCUGGGACAUCAGCCCAUCGGAAGAUUCCCGUUAUUUCGAAGUCAUGCAAUCCCUAAAGACCAUCUGCGGGGUACUUGGUUCUGCCUUCUUGAACACCCCGCCGAGCAAGGACAGCAACCUUGUGGUCUACAUCGUAAACCCUUUCACUCACGCCGCAGCAUUAGUCGAUAUAUGCUCCGCUUUCUGGUCUCUUUUCCAGAAAUACAUUGCGGACGCUGAUAAACAGCAGGCACGACAACUAAAUGAGCUUGUGCUCCAGAUCAUCCCCAUCGAUUUUGUCACAGCGACUGGGUCUUUAGUUGUUCCCCCACAGGCCGAUUACCUGAACCUGGCUCUUGAAGUGUACAGCCGAUGCCCGCCUAAAUCAACCCAGCCAAGCCUUAUAAACUGCGCACCGCCGGUACUACUUGCAGAACCCCUUCCACGGUCGAUUGGUUUCAAACUGUCUUCUGAGGGGUCUUCUCCGCUACAAGAGGGGAAAUGUCUGCACAUUGCCUGUUCCAGGAGCCUCGAUCAACGCUGGAUAAGCGUGGCUUGGUCCGAUAACUUUGGAGCACUUCAGCGAAAUAUGUCUUAUUGCCUUCGCUUCCGUAAUUCACUCAUGACGAGACCUCUUGUGGAAGUGCGCAGUGAGAUUUGGAAGGCAACAAGGGAUAUCAUGGACAGGAUCCAGGCGCGGUGGAGGGUCGUCAUUGUGAACACUGACCCUGUGGAUCAGGAAGAAGUUGACACAUGGUCAAAUUUUGCCGAUCAGUAUGGCAAAGCCAGGUCAAUAACGCUGGAUCUCGUCAUCUUGAGCGCAAAUACAACUCCUGAUCUAUACCUCGAGCCGCCUUUUCUACCGGUCCCGCUGAGCGUAUUCAAUCAACAGUCUUCUUCCACACCUGUCGCUACUCCGAACCUCGGCGGCAGUGUCUCUUCUCCAGACCAGUUGGGUAAUGCGCCCACACCACCCGGUGGCUUGGGAGUGCCCGCAAAUGCCUCUACGCCAACAGACGCGCUCCCGGAGAUUGAAUCGGAAUCCCUAAUUACAGACAUCUACGAUGAAACAUGGGGAGUGGUGCUCUCGCACCGUCUUAACAGCUCUCUGCAUCAAACGGAGUAUCGGCCCGCACUGGCUAGCGGAUAUCUCCUUCGCAGAAAAGGCUCCACUGAUGGAGAUGGGCUGUAUACCAUGAGUGUCAAUAUACUCCAUGCGCGGCGUUCCCCGUCUUCAUACGAUACCCUUCUACGGGAGAUUCUGGGCAUGUAUCGCGACUUGGCGACUCUGGCUCGGGCUAGGGGUACUCGCACUGUGCAGCAGGGCACACUCCCGUGGCAUGUUGCCACGGCGGUGAAAGCCCAGACUAUGCUGAGCUAUGCUCUGUGA